AAUUCAUAACUCAUAAAGACGGGCAGGAGGACACGGAUUUGACGAACGAGGACGAGCACGAGCAGCGGCCGUGACACAGCAGAUCACGCGAGCUUGUCGCCAAGGCCAAGGGGAGAAGGGAAGUGAAGAAAAAAAAUCUCGCGAGGGCGAGGUUAGAGAGAUUAGCGGCUGGUGUUUUUGGUCCGGGCAUCCUUGUCGCCGCUAUGGCGGAUCAGUUCACGGACUCAGCGAACAAUGUAAUCAUCGAGGAGGUCAACAAGGGCCUCAACCCUGGAACGAUAGUCCUGCUUGUGGUUGCAACACUCCUGCUUCUUUUCUUUGUUGGAAACUAUGCUCUCUACAUGUAUGCUCAGAAGACGCUUCCUCCUCGGAAGAAGAAGCCGGUCUCCAAGAAGAAGCUGAAGAGGGAAAAGCUGAAGCAGGGAGUUUCUGCACCCGGAGAGUGAAGAGAACCAGAGAUUCAUCAGUUUACCCAAUGUAACUGAUUUUAUUCUGAGCUUCUUUUGCAUGAUAAGAAUUAUCAGCUGGAGCGGCAGUAUUUACAGUAACUAUGUUAUGUAGAAGCUUUGUCUCAAGCUGUUUACAUUUGUAUUAGACGCCUUAUUUGAGCAAGCAGUUGAACCUAAAGUUCUUUUUUUUU